GCGGGGCGACCAUAGAGACGAAGAGGCGGCGGCGGCCGGAGCGACCCCGGGCUCUCGGCUCCGCAGGCUCAGGUAGACUUGGAGGCUACGGGGCAGUGGCUGCAGAGGCUGGGCUGGCGGGGCGAGCGCGGGCCGCGGAGCCGACCUGAGGGGUGAGCCGUUUGGUGUAAAAGACUUGACUCCAUAUCUGCAUCUGCCCCCAUGCUGUCAUCCGGCGUAGAGACCCAGCCCGUUCCACUCGAUUCCUCCAUGUCUGCCGAGGUGCAGGAAUUAUACUCUGAACUCCCAGUGAGUGUCUCCAAAGAGCUUCAUGCUGACCCUGAGCCAAGUGCGAUUCCAGAUGUAAAACCUGGAGCCUCAAGCUCUCGUAUAAGUCAGAGUAGGGCAGUGCCCUUGGAGCUGCAGAGGACUCCUGUGGAAAGUUGUCGCGAAGAAACCCCUGAGACCUUGGACCAUGGGGGUGAGCCUGGGCGGUGUGGGCUGGUGGACCCCACAGCAGAAGGUUCUGUGGCUUCUGGGAUCUUGGAUAGGGAAGUGAAAGCCAACAGCAUGGAGCAAAAGGUCUUCAGAGAUGGAGGGGACCAGGCGGAGAGUGUAAGAGACCCCUGUGAGGGAGCAAAGGAAGACACACGUCAAUAUUCCACAGCUGCUGAAGAGAAGCUCUGCCCCAGCCAGGAGGACCUCCUGAUGCAGGCAAGCAAAGAACAUCUAUGCACGGACCUCCCUGAAGAUGGUCUGAGGAACAAAGAAGGAAAUGUACAAAUUACAGCUGAAACUCUGCUAAAAUCUACUGAGGAAGUACAAGGUAUGAAGGUCAGUGGGACUAAGACGGAUAAUAAUGAAGGACAUGAGAAUGGCCAUGUAAGUAAAGGUCUCUCAGCUGGGUGCAGCGGAUACCCAGAAAUAGACAAAAUCACGACCAGUGGUGAGGUUUCAGAGACUAGCACAUUAGUUUCCCUAGAGCCUUUAAACUCUGUGGACCCUGGAUUAAUAGAAGCAACUAAAGAAAAAGAAUGUGAAGAACUAAAAACCUGUCCUCCUUGGUUGUCAUUAUUACCAGGGAAGAGUGCCAUUUCCAAAGUGGACGAAGGAAAGGAAGAGUUGUGUACAUUAAAACUUGUCAGUGAAGCAGAUGACAAUCGCCAACAGGUUCCUGGCCACCAUAGUGAGAGACACAGUUCUGCACAUGGUAGUCCCAAAGCCAUGAGAAAGGUGGUUAUUGUAGAACCCUUAGAAGAAAAUUCUGAAGUUUCACAUUUCACAUCAUGUUUGUCUGGUCCAGAAUGCAGAACAGCAUCCUCAGAAAAGUGUGGUUUUGAUGGUGAUAGCUUGCCAAAGGGAUCUGCUAAAAAGACAGACAGUUCCUGUUUUGAUGGGGACGAUCAAAGCAAGAACUUGGCUUCUAGAGAAGAAAAUGAACAGCCUUUGAACCCCAGGAGUGAAAGAGAGGAACUGUUUCUUGUUAAUGCCAGGCAAGCAGAAGAGGAUGCUAGUGGUCACUAUUCUGGAAAAAAAGAGGCUGUUGACUUCCCCAAAGAAAAUAUCCAUGAUCACUACUGCCCUCACGGCAGUAUCCAUACAGACUGCUCUAGUUCUUUAAUGCCUAAUUCUUUUACUGAAGCCACGGAAAUAAUGUUUAAAAAAAAUGAUUUAAAAAUCACUUUAGACAUUCAAGAUAACUUGGCAAAUCAUGAGGACCAUAGAGGAACUUUUGCUAAUAUAAGCUAUCCAGGCACACACUCUGAAGAGAACCAUUUUUCCUUCUCGAUGCAGAUUGAAGAGCCAGAACAGACAACCACUAUAGAGCCUGGUAUGUUAAGGGAAAAGAUUUACAGUAAAGACUCUGACUCCUUAGUCAGCACCCAGAGAAAUCUGGAAGGCAGCACCCAGUUAAAUGAAGCAUCACAUGAUGGAUUUCUGAUUGAAAGAAUAUCCCCUGUGAGUUUAAUGCUAGAGGACCAGAUAAGUUCUAUAAAUGAGGUGUUGAAACCCAAGAAAGACAUUGCUCCGUUACUGCCAGCCCUAGAAUUUGAUGACAGACCUGAGUCAGAAAUAGCUGUACAGAACUCCCAGGACGAUGGUCCCCAUUUAGAGAAACAGAGCGCUGCAUGGGAGGUGAAUGAACUUCCUUAUGCCAACGAACUAGUUGUAAACAAAAUAGGAAGUGAAUGUGUUUUAAAUCAAGUGUCCCUUAAUUCUCAAAACCAUGUGAAGUUGCCAACUGACAAAGAGAUGCCUGUAGCAGCGAGCGUGGGCUCCCAACAGAGCCAGCACCCUCCGUCAGAGGAUGGAGCAGAUGUCACUGCUGGUACCCAGACUGUUCCUAUAAAGACAAAAAUGAAAGACAUCUCUCCACCAGGUGACAGAACCUGUGGUGCCUCUUCAAACAAUCCCACCUUAAACAGCAAAUCAGAAAGCCUAGAAAGAAAAACUGAAACAGCUGAUUCAGGAGCAGAAGGUCUGCAUUCCAGACUUCUCUCAAAUCAGAAAGAAGCAGCAGGCUUGCCUCAAGAGGUCUCUGCCAUGGAAUGUCAAAGCAUUCAAUCUCGGGAUCUCUCUAGCUGCCCUUGUGUAAGAAAAAACGUCCCAGAGGAGAGCGCGUGUUCUGCCCAUGCUGCCCUGGAGCCCAGCGAAACCAUCCUGGGAGUUGAGAACUGUCUGAUAACCAAGUAUGAAAAUGCAUUUCAGCACAGCGAUCACCGCCCCCAAGGGAGAGAAGCCUCCGUGGAAAGUUGCAUCCAUAAAGUGAGUUGUACAUCGGCGGAAAGUGAGCCAGAUGGGGGAGAAACUGAAGGCAGGCUUCCAGGAGGUAAGAUCAGAAACGAAAUGACGGCAGGCAUGUUAAAUAGUGAAGCUCCAAACAGGACCAUCCACUCCACCUGUCACAUCCAUCCCAGCGAGGAAGGGCUAGAAGAAGAAGAACAGGACACACCCAAAGAGACUGUGUUUUGUAAACAUAACAUCUGUGAUUGUGCCGCACAGGAAUUAAACCAACCUGCAGACAUUCCAAGUCCUGAAAAAUUGUUGGACCAGUUUCCUACUGUUAUGUUCCCCGGUGUUAAAAACAUGAACCAAGCAGCUGAAACUCCUGAGCAGAAGGCAGAUGAAGCCCUCGGCUGCCAGAGUAACCCAAACAGAUCCAAUGAAUGCAGAAGUGAAGAUAACCCAGCUAAGGAGACACUAGGCAGCGACCAGAGAGAGGUGGUCACAAUACCUAAUGGAGAGGUGAGCCAUAGCCUGAAGGAUCUGCCAGUUGGUUCAGGCAAUAACAGCUCAUCGUCUGGUGGAAGCCUGAAGAAAGGGGCCUUUGAAAGGAUUUCUGGUUGUGAGGAGCCCAUAGACGGUAUGGCAGACAUGGUCUCCACAGGCUGUAGUGUUAAGGACACAGAAGGCGUUCUGGACAUAAGGGCGUCUAGUACUCUUGAUGGGGGUGCAAGGCAGGAUGGGCCAGUGUUAAAGGAAACCUCAAGGAGUGUGCUGUCACAAAGAGGAGAGCCUAUUGCUGCAUUUAUGGGAAGGAUGGACCAGGAUUCAGAUUCCCAAGAUGCUGCUUCCUCGACAGCAGACUCUCUCGAAAUUAAAAAAUCACGUGAAGAGAAAGUAUGCAGAUUGUUAAAAGACUGUGAAAUGGAAGUGUGUCCAGACUCUUGUGCCCCUGAGACAGGGUCUGUGGCAGAUCAUAAACCAAAUGUAAGAGUAUUGGAUAGAAUAAAUGUGUCUUUAAAUUAUAUUCAUCUUGAACAGCAAGCUAAAGAAGCAUCUCUGAGAGAAACACAAGGGAUGAUUGAAGGAUCAAGACUAGAAAUAAAUUCUGAGCACGACAAGGGAAACGCCAUUGGAAUUUCCUCAGAAGAACUGACAUCUUCUGGACACCAAGAUGAGAACUCUGUUCCCCCGGGAAGCCUGAAAUCCAAUGAGAUAAUUCCUUUGUAUCCGUUGUCUCAAGAAAAAUCAGAAACAAUUAUGAAUAGUGAGGAAACUGACCUGAAAAACCUUUUUAAACCAAAACAUGGUGAAAUGCCCUGUGAGAAUGUAAAGGACUGCAUGGUCCUGCCUGAGAUGAAAGGAAGAGCACCAAGGGAUAAGAGUAAUCCUAGCAAAGAAAGCGGCACAGCCCUCAUUGCGGAAAGUUCGCCUUUGACGAUGGAAACAGAAACCGAAGUGAAAAGAGAAGAAACUACAGGACACCAGAGGGGACCACGGGGUCAGUUUCCUGCUGUGGAGGAGUCCGAAGAGAUGACUGUCAGAGAAGGUGUUCAUGGUGAUAACAUGAGCCAGGUGUCUCAGACCCAUCUUAAACCCCCGAGGGUGCUGCGUGUUGCUGAGGACCAACAGAGCCAGAAGGUUUCGGACUACAAGGAAGAGGAACAGAUGCAUCAAAAAGAAGCACAUGCAGCUUUGGAACGAUGCACAUCAUCUAAUAUGUUGUCAGAUGAGGCGCAAAGUAAGAGCCAACCUAAGGAUUGCAAAGCUGAGCCCACCGUGGUGAAAAAUAUCACCCUAGCAAAGCCAGCCACAGGCGGCGACACUGCUGCAGGGUUUCAGAAGCUGAAAGACCCAAAGGAGGAAAGCUUGUGUCGCCCAUCAAAAAAGGACAUUGAGUCCUGCGCAGGCCCUUGCCUCCAUGAUGUCCCCCGGAAAGCACAAGACCCCAACUCCGCUGGGCGUGAUGAACUACACGGUGCCUUUGGGAACACUUCACAUCAGAAAGGAGUGCUUCCCUUAAAGAAGCAGCCCCACCGAACGUGUAAGAAAGUUUCCUGCCAGGAGCUAGUCAACAUGGGGAGGAAAAUAAGUAAAAUCAGAAAUUCUACAUUUUUAAAGAGCUCCUCUGAAACCAUCCCCACAAACGCAUACAGAUUUCUCAGUUCACAUACUGUGUCUGCACCCACGCAACUGGAACCUGAAACAGCCCCUGCCAGGAGCCUUGUUAGCCACGUACCAAAGCAGAAGGCCACUCCAGGCCAGCCCUCGCGUAGCCUGAAUGUUCGGAAGCCUACCAAAGAAUCAGCCUUAUUCAGCAAGCUGUCCAUCCUUGCCUCCAGACUGGCCCCAGCCACGAAGACCCAGAAGCUGCGGUAUCGGCGGUGUUCCUCUGACCUUCUUCCAGUGGCUAAAAGCUACAAGCGGCUCAGAUACAAAAGGCUCCUGGAUGGGUUUUCCUACAGCACAACACAGCUGAAUCCAUGGUUGGCACAUAGUGAUUGGGACAGGAGGCCUAACAGUAAACCCUUGACGCUUUAUUCGCUCGAAGCCAUCAAAAUGAGCUUCAUAGAUUUGAGCGACAAGAUGCCAUCCCUGUUGUUUGGUUCCGAAAUCUUCCCAGUAUCCUUUCACGUGAAGUCGGGCUCCGAGUGCGGGACCGAGUCCCCAAGGACUUUUCCCGAGCACUGUGCACCCGCGAGGCUCGCCUUAGGGGAGGCCCGCCGGUGCCCGUCUUCACCUCCCAAGUGGACCUUCUCUUUCUUCUUGGCCCACGACUGCCCUGGGGUGGCCAUGUUCAGGGAAGACCCUGGCCUGUACUGUCAAGCAGGCGCCCAGCCUCCACUGCAGCCUCCAGUUCCUCUCCAAGACCAUGGAGCCACCACCAUAGUCCAGACCAGAGCGGGCUGCUCCGUCCUUGGCCUUCACACACUCCUAGCACUUUGUUCCCCAGGAUGUUACCGAAUCUGGACCAAAAAACGGAGCUGCUCUAGCCACAUGCCCACCAUGCAGAGGCUCUUCCUGACCCAGUUUACCCAGGGUCUGAAAGGGUUACGGUCUCCCACCUCCAUAGCAGACAAGGUCUUCUGUUCUCUGCCCUACUCGGUGGGCCGAGUCCUGUCCAUUUGGAGCCAGCACGGGCCUUCUGCCUGCCCCUUCGAAAUCUCUGCUCUUGAUUCCUCUCACAGCAAGCGGCAGCCACCUCUGGGCACCAUGAGCAGCCACACUGCGUUACCGUCCGUGCCUCUUCCGGACCUGGAAGCUGCUUACAGCACCAGCGGCAGUCAUGUGAGGCUAGAGCCUCCAUUCCCUGCCUUGGUACCAAAGUCUCGCUUGGUAACAGACUCAGCUGUCAGCAAGCUCCUGCUUUCAGCCUCCGAGUUCCCGGUUCCUGGAUUUGAUGAGCUGGAUGGUGUGACAGCCCCGUGCCCCCGACCACAGAGCAGCCCCCCAGAACAGAAAGAGACUGAGCCGGAGAAGAGGCCAAAGAAGGUCUCACAGAUUCGCAUCCGGAAAACCAUUCCUAAGCCAGACCCUAACCUUACCCCCAUGGGCCUUCCUCGACCCAAAAGGUUAAAGAAAAAGGAGUUUAGUUUAGAAGAAAUAUAUACCAACAAGAAUUAUAAAUCUCCUCCUGCAAACAGGUGUUUAGAGACCAUCUUUGAGGAACCUAAGGAACGGAAUGGUACGCUCAUCUCAAUCAGCCAACAGAAGAGGAAGCGAGUUCUGGAGUUUCAGGAUUUCACAGUCCCACGAAAGAGGAGGGCUCGCGGUAAGGUCAAGGUGGCAGGCAGCUUUACCCGGGCCCAGAAGGCGGCGCUGCAGAGUCAAGAGCUGGAUGCUCUGUUGAUACAGAAACUGAUGGAACUGGAGACCUUCUUUGCCAAGGAAGAGGAGGAGCAGGAGCGGUCAUCCAGUUGUUGAGAAGUGAUUCAGGUGGGGGGGUCUCAACUUUAGACUUUCCCGGCCUCCUUGGAAGAGGUUGCCUAAUUUUGCCCUACUGCCCAAACCACUCAAAAUGCAGACUAUGGAUUUUUACCUAUUUCAAGGUGCAGCCUUUUUAGGAACUGGUGAAAGAGGGUCCUCUAACUUGUACUGCUGAGUAUAGAACCUCAGGAACGCUCCCUUUCUCCUGGAAAUGGUCCUGAAUGAUGUCGGCCUCCUCCCCACACUCUCUGCCAUCCACGGAGGAGGACACCACAUACCUUCAGUAACACUAGGUUUCCAAGGACUCACAGCAUUUGCACGUCCAUGUGAAAGUUCCGCGUUGUUUACGGUGGUGCUAGACCAAGGUUAUUUAGACAUGUGGCCUAGGGAGGGGGACCUGGCGUCCUGUCCCGUGUCUCACCGGCUCAUUUCAGUAGUUGAGGAAAGAUGAGCUGCUGUGUUUUCUAAUCCUUUGAGCCCAUCUGUCCAGAACCAGGUUGUGUGUGUGUGUGUGUGUGAGUGAGUGUGAGUGUGUGUGUGUGUGUGUGUGUGUGUGGCUUUUCCCCAUCAUUUUCUCCCCUCUGUGACUGUGGGUCACUAGUGCCAGAGGAGCCCGUCCAGGCCCCAUUCGAAGUAAGUUGCACUUUUUAAUGUGGUAGUGUUGAUUAUUUUCAUUUGUUUUAUUUCCCUUUUUUUGUUUUAAUUAUUGCUGCAUGUUUGGAGCCUUUAAAUGUGAUUUUAAAGCAGUUUUUUAAGACAUCAAGGAGAAAGACAGUACACGUCUUCAGAACACAUGACAGGCAUUUGACCUGGUUUGUCGGUGCGUGGUGUGGGGCGGCCGAGAGCCGUUUUCCCGUUGACGUGUUCAGGCAGCCCCUUCCCCGCCUCCAGCUCCUAGUGCGACUCAUUUCUCAUCUGGGUUCUCAUUCUUGCUUAAGUAGUUGUAUUUAUUUUAAUGACGGAAGUAAGAGCAGGUCUCUCCCCCAGUCAUUUAAAAAGUUGGAAGCUUGGGUGUGGUCUUAGUGGGUUUCAUCUGAAGUGGUGGUCCAUGACAGAGGCAUCCACGAUGGCUCAGGUGGUGAUUAAGCCAACCCAGAGCGUUUGCAGCUGCCAGAGCAGCCCGCUCCAUAGUGGGGAGGAGGACAGUCUGGGGUCACGAAGUUCCAUGGCCAGCCCUCUUGGAGGGCAGCUCACUGUACUUUGGGCUCCUGCGUCAGACCUACUGUAAGUUUGGUAGAAUGCCAGACAAAGGUCUCUGGGUUUCUCCGUUUCUGCCUGCAGCAGUCUGUGGGCAGAGGACCAGAAGCGUGCUGUGUGAGGCCACAAGCCCGGAAGUUUCAUUCCUUUCCCACUUAAGGCCUAUGUGCCCUUGCCUUGCUUCCCCUCCUCCCCUUCCCUUGUGUUUUAUCUUUUCUCUCUCUCUCUCUCUCUCUCUCUCUCAAAACAAGAGUGCAGAGAAUUAACAUUCCUUGGCUGGUGAGUGGGAUGCUAAGCCCAGCCUCAGGACAUUGGUCACCUCUCCCACCCUCCCAGGAGCCACUGCCGUGGAGCAGCGCCAAUGGGAACUGUCAAAGCUCCAGAGACAUUUUCGAGUCAGUCUGUGAGAGGAGUGAGUGGUGCCGUCCUGGAUCAUGUCUCCUGGGUCCCGUUGGUUUCCCUGUCUGUCAGGGGAUGGGAGGAUGGGGUGGGGGUGGGGGUUUCUAUGUGCCUUUCCUUUGCAGGUUGACAGUCUGUGCCACACUGGAGCAGAAAAACUGACAGUGCGAGAAAAAUGAAGUGCCACGUCUGUCUUGUAGGUCCAAUGCCUCAGACAGAGCAUUUAGUAAGUGAAAUACACACCUGGUGAUCCAUGGAGGCUUCUAAGGCCACAGCCACGUAGCAUUAGAGGGGAGCCUGGCUUCCGCACCAGCUCUGAACAGUGCAAACCAGAUGCUGCCAUCGUGCAUUCGCUUUGCCCAGACUGUGUAGACACGACCUGUGUUUCCCCUCAGUACCUCUCCCUUCCUGGGACAGGGUCCUUAGACACAAAUGCUUCUCUCUGUCUUUUUGCUUAAGGGAGUGAGAUGAAUUUGUGCCCUUGUACAAACGUUUUUAGGAAUCUCCUGCUGCACAGCUUGCAAACUCCCAGCAAAUCUACAGAGCCCUGUUUGCCAGCUCCAUUGCCAGUGUAGAUGGGUCUGCAACGUGGCAAGCGUGGCAGACUGAAGUUGACGUGGGUGCAGCUGUGGCAUCACCAACAUUACGGAGAUACAAUUUCAAGUUUGCCCGUUGCAGGAGUGGCACUUGUCAGGGCCAGGAGCAAUGAUUUGGAACAUUGGCGUUUGGAAUGGGGGCUUGGGGGAAGUGGAGACCUGGGUUCCUUCCUUGUCCUGGGAACAUAGGAAAAAGCUCCGCUGAGGCCAACCCUCUCCUUGUAAUUCUUGGCGUGCAUCUGGCCGAGGCCCUUCCUCAUUCCAAAGUUAAGAAGGGGCCCCCACUGCAAACUUGAAAUUGCGUACUUGAAGUUGCCAUAUCGUGUUCUAGCUGUGCUCAGCCAUACCUGUCUUAACAUCCAUUUUUACCAUUGGCCUAGCCAGCUGCAGUGCUGUCUGUGGUCCUCGGAGCCAGCCACCUGCCCAUAGCUACAGGAGGUCUGGUUCUGGGGUGGGACUUGGUACAGUUUCUGAGUAUGGGGACUUACCACCCAAAGACACUUAGUGUUCUUAAUAUGGGAAAGAGAGGAGAAAUCUCAGGUCCAAUCAGGGUUCUGCACGUCAGCUUUUCACUGAAACUUUCAACUAUUGUGUUUUCCAUCUGUCAGUUUAUAGCUAUAUUUGCCCCCCCACCUUCCCCCUCCUCUUUUCUUUUGGUUUCAUUUCUCUAUUAAUUUAAAUGUACCUCAUCACCUGUUCAAGCAGAUUAUGUCCACUUUUUUUUACUGACCUUAUUCUAAGAGCUACAGCUGAGGGAGGUACAGUGGAGAGACAUACAGCGUUUGCCUUACUCGGAGCCUGAAGAGCUCAGAAACUCAUGCUGUGAAUCCUGAAACAGCGCUCCUCCAAGAGCUGUGAAAAACAUGAUGCUUUGUCACAACUUUGCCUGAAAGGGUCUUUUGCGCGAGUGCCAGAGCCAACCUGAGGUAGAUUCCAGAUCCCACCCUCUGGGCAUGAUCCUACCCCUGUGGCUGGUUCCCUGUCUGCCAGGCUAAGGGCUGCACAGAGUGCAGGACUGGGGCUGCCGGUCCAAGGCUUGGUGCGGCCUGAUGGAAUGCAGAGCCAGUGCUCCGUCUCCAGGCUGGGAUUUCAUCUCAUAAUCAAUGUACAUCAAGAUCCGCGAAAGACGAACUUUUAGACGGUGGUACUUUUCUCCCAUUUCCUGGGGGCAGAGUAUGCAGUUGGUGCUUUCUUUAAUUCCCUUGUGUUUUGUUUCUGUAAGCUUCCCUCACCCCGGUAUCAUGGAAAGGACCUCUGAAACACCACAUCAUGGGUGGCUGUAUCCAAAGUCUUUAAGUAGUUGGCCAGAGGUGCGGAGUAUCCUUUCCUGGAUUCAUGCGAGGGAAGGGCUCCUUGCCACGACUGAACUUCCUGUAUAAAAAGCUGGCCGGGAAGAAGGCUUGAUUUACUGAAAUCAAAGUUUAGUACUAUUAUCUAGCCACAAAUUGAUCAGCAAAGGCUAUUUAUUUUUAUUGUGAAGUGAGGGCCCCCACAUAGCCUGCCAUCUAGCACAGCACUCUCUCAGAUUGGAUGUUUGUUCAUUGUGUGUCUCCACGAGCCCCUCUCUGGUGCUGAAUCGGAUUUUAAUUCUUGACAAGAGGCCUCAGCAUCAUUUCCUUGGGCUGGUCUAGGCCAGUAAAUAGCUGCCUGAAGUGUUUGUAUAUUAUCAUGGUCAAUAGUUCAGUGAAAUUUGUACAUUUUUGGUAACAUUGGCAUACAUGAUGCCCCUGCAGUUCCUUUUCUGUUUGGUAGUUUGUGACUCUAAAAUUCCCACUGUUAUGUGUGUUAAUUUAUGAAAAUAAAAAGGAAUUUUUUUUGGAAAA